AUGCUGCGGCGCUUUCUACGUGCGCGGACAUAUGAUAUCGAGAAGGCAACAAAAAUGUUCCAUGAUCACAUGAACUGGCGCAAGGAACACCAGGUUGAUACCAUUCUACAGGACUUCUACUUUACGGAGCGAGAUAAGUUCCUGGAAGCCUAUCCACAGGGCUAUCACAAGCUAGAUAAGCAGGGUCGACCUGUUUAUAUCCAGCUUAUUGGCAAAAUCAACGUGCCGGCCAUCAUGGACUGCACAGAGGAGGAGCGUAUGUUCAAAUUCCACGUUCAGGAGUAUGAGCGUUGCGUGAAGGUCAUCAUGCCCGUGUGCAGCGCGCUAGCCAAUCGGAAGAUCGACCAGACGUUCGGCAUCAUGGAUGUCCGAGGGGUGGGUAUCAGCGCACUCACGGGCGACGUCAAGCGCAUGCUCUUGAAGUUCACAAAGACGGAUCAGGACAAUUACCCGGAGAUGCUGGGCCACAUUUGCAUCAUCAACGCCCCUGCCAUUUUCCGCAUGGUGUGGGCAGUGGUAAAGGGCAUGAUUGAUGUGCGCACGCAGCAGAAGAUUGAGAUUUUAGGACCCAACUACAUGGAAGCGUUGUUGAAGCACAUGGACAUGGACUCCAUUCCGGAGUUCCUGGGCGGCCAAUCCAAGGGCACGCUGCUGGACGACGUGGGGCCCUGGAAUGACGCAGAGCUCAUGGCUCGGAUGAACAUCGACUUGGAAGCGCUACGGCUGGGGCGCCAUCCGCAUCCCCAGCCGGCGCAGCAACAGCAGCAGCUGCCGCAGGCGUCGUCAUCCCAGCGCCUGUCGGGAGACUUCCUAACGCCGCAGCCCAGCAUAGCGGCGAGAAGCACCAGGUGGGUCUGGGGCCUGUGA